AUGACGGCUGUGCCUCCUGCCCUGCAGAAUGCCAUCACGCGUUUCUACGGAGACAACCCUCAGACCUCCCCCAACCUGGGCAGAAUCAUCAACCAGAAACACUUCAAGCGUCUCCAGGGACUGCUGGGCUGUGGCCGCGUGGCCAUCGGUGGCCAGAGCGAUGAGGGAGAACGCUACAUUGCCCCCACAGUGCUGGUAGAUGUGCGGGAGACAGAGCCUGUGAUGCAGGAAGAGAUCUUUGGGCCCAUCCUGCCUUUGGUGACCAUAAGGAGUCUGGAUGAGGCCAUCAACUUCAUCAACAAGCGGGAGAAGCCACUGGCAUUGUAUGCCUUUUCCAACUCCAACCAGGUGGUGAACCAAAUGUUGGAACGUACCAGCAGUGGUGGCUUUGGAGGCAAUGAUGGCUUCCUCUACCUGACCCUACCAGCCCUGCCCCUGGGGGGAGUUGGCCACAGCGGCAUGGGCAGGUACCACGGCAAGUUCUCCUUCGACACCUUCUCCCACCAGCGCGCCUGUCUGCUGCGCAGCCCAGGGAUGGAAAAGCUGAACGACCUCCGUUACCCGCCCUAUGGUCCCUGGAACCAGCAGUUCAUAAGCUGGGCCAUGGGCUCCCAGAGCUGCACCAUCCUGUGAAUGACACCCGAUUCCACCCUCCUGCUGCCCCAGCCCAGAACUACCUGAGCUUUCAGCUGCUCCCAGAUUCCCAGUGGUUCCCAGGAGGCAGG